AUGCCCGGCGCGACGCUGACGGACACGCGUCCGUCGAUGGACGGCUUGCUCCACGGCGUCGCCAGCGGCGGUGAUGGCGACCCUCCGGUGGCGAUUGCGACCUUUGAGGUUUUCCGAAAGACUCUCACCGGUGCAGACGACCGCCGCGAUACGGCGAGUGAGAUCGCCGGAUCGCCGACGAUCACCGGCGGCGACGGCGCUUCACCAGAGAAUGAGGCGCGCUGUGAGUCGACGCCAGCGGCAGCGGGAAGACCCGCCGAUGCCGUUGCAGACGGUAUGGAACCUGAUAAUGCUGCAGAAGCGGCAGGAUCAGCGGAAGGAGCAGGAGUAGCACCAGCAGCAGCAGCAGAAGCACCAGCAGAAUCAUCAGCGGAAGCAUCAGAAGCAGCACCAGUGGCAGCAGCAGCAGCGACGGGCGUUGGCUUGGCGGCGGGUGAGUCGGCUGAGCGGCGCGACGGCGGUUCAGGCGAGGGGAUUGGCGGCUGGUGGGGCAGGCGAGCCGCAGAGAGCGGCGAGUCGGCGGGGAAGGAUUCGUGCAACGAUUCCGACGAUUCGGCGGCGAGCGACUGGAACGGCUGGCGAGCGGAGAAGGCGGCGACGGAUGGCGAGCACGUGCCGUAUGAUGGCGAAAAGGUGGGGACUGGUGGUGAAAAGGCGGCGACAGAUGGCGCAAAGGAAGGGAACGGUAGCGAAGAGAAGGCGGCAGAUGGCGAAAAGGAAGGGAACAGUGGCGAAAAGAAGGCGGCAGAUGGCGAAAAGGAAGGGAACAGUGGCGAAAAGGUGGGGAAAGGUGGCGAAGGGGCGGCGACGGGAGGAGGUGCGGCGAGGCGACAGAGGAAGACGGCGGAGGCUGCUGCAGCCGCCAUGAAGCGGAAGGUACGGCAGAGCAGUGUGAAGUUCACGCGGCCACGCCUGGCAGCCAUCUCGCUUGGCGGCUUCUUCACCUCCAUGCGCGCGCGCAUGGCGCUGCUGGAUGCGCGCAUGCCGCGAGAAACGGAAGAGGAGGACGAGGAAGAUGAGAUGGAUGACGAGGAUGAUGACGUGGACGGUGAGGAUGAUGACGUGGACGGAGAGGAUGAGGACGUGGGCGGAGAGGCGGAGGAGGAGGAUGAGAAGCCCAAGGCAGGGACGAGCGGGCGAGGAGAAGGGGAGAAUGCCAGGGGCGGCAGUGUCAGUGGCGAUGCUGCUGCUGUGUCGAGUGGUCUGAUCGCCGAAAUGCUGCACCGCUUCGCACAGGAGGAGGAGGAAGGCGAUGAGGAGGAUGAUGAGCUUAUCGUGCUUGACUGCUCCCCUCCUGCUGCCGCUGCCACUGCGACAGCAGGAGGGGCAGCAGGAGCGGCAGCAGGAAAAGAUGCAGAUGAGAAGGGAAAGGGGGAGGAGAAGGGAGAGGUGGAAGGCGACUGUGCUGUGAAGCAAGGGGCCCAGGCAGGAAGGGAUGCGCGGAUGAACCGUGGAGAAUACGAGGCUAGGGACGACGACACGAUGAGGGCCAUGUGGGAACAGGGUGGGGAGGGAGGGAAGAGAGAGAAGGGGGGAACGGGGGAGAAGGGGGAUAAGGGAGAAAAGGGGGAGAAGGGGGAUAAGGGAGAGAAGGGGGAGAAGGGGGAUAAGGGAGAAAAGGGAGAGAAGGGAGACAAAGGGGGAACGGAGGAGAAUCGGGACAAGGGAGAGACGGGCAGUGUAAUGAAGUGCCCAGGGAAGGGAUGUGGCACUGGCGAGGGCAGGGGUAGGGACGGGCCUGGGAGGAUCAAGGAGCGAGAGAAGGUGUGUGGGCGAGCGCAUGUGGGGAGUGCAGGGACGGCAGUGGACUCUAGCGCUGGUGUUGCAACGAGGGAGGCAGCUGCUGGGGCGUUUAGUGGGAGAGGGGCAGUGGAGGGAGAGAAUACAGGCAGUGCAGGGCGAGGACAGGAAGGGGAGGAAGGGGCACGCAAGGCAGGGGCGGUGACAGCAGGGCAGAAACCAGAUGCGGGCGGUGAUGGGGGGAAACUGGGAGGUUCAGAGGUGGGGAAGCAGGGGGCGGCUGAUGGGGAAAAUCAGGGGGACGCAGAGGGGGGGAAGCUGGGGAGCGCAGAAAGGGGGAAACAGGGGGAAGCAAGGGGGGUAAAGCAGGGGGGAGACGUGCGGUGGUGGGUGGGGGCGCGUAAGGCAGCAGGAGUGGGGCCCAAGUCGCUGAGUGAGUGGGCCAAGGGGCGCGGGGGAGGGGCGGAUACGCAAGGGGGGAAGGGGGCAAGUGCAGGAAGGGGCGCAGGUGGGGCUGCUGCUGCUGGUGCUGGUGUUAAUGUUGCUGCUGCUGCUGGUGAUGGUGGUGUUGGUGGUGCUGCUGCUGGUGAUGGUGGUGUUGGUGGUGCUGCUGCUGGUGAUGGUGGUGUUGGUGGUGGUGCUGCUGGUGAUGGUGGUGUUGGUGGUGCUGCUGCUGGUGAUGGUGGUGUUGGUGGUGCUGCUGCUGGUGAUGGUGGUGUUGGUGGUGCUACUGCUGGUGCUGGUGCUGGUGCUGCAGCUGCUACAACUUCUGCUGCUGCUUCUGCUGACGACGUUACUAUUGCUGCUGCUGUUGCCGGUGCUGCCGGUGCUGCCGGUGUUGCCGGUGCUGCCGGUGCUGCCGGUGCUGCCGGUGCUGCCGGUGCUGCCGGUGCUGCCGCUGGAGGUAUAGGUAAUCAAAGCGGGGAUACAGGCAAGGGAUCUUGUGGGGUGAGAGCAGCUGGGCGGAGAUUCAUUGACGACGCUGCUAUGGAAGAUGGGGGGGAGGAUGAGGAGGAGAGAGGAGGGAAUGAUGAUGAGGAGGAGGAUAGGGGUAGAGCUUUGGGGGAGAAUGGGCGAGAUGCGAAUUGGGACCGGAUGGAUAUAGAGGAUCUAGGAGAAGAUAACAGUGAGGGUGAGAGUGAGGGCAACGAAGAUGCUUGUAACGAGGACGAAGGAGAGGGGGAGGUUGACAAGGGGGUGGGAGAUGAGGAAGAGGGGGAAGGAGAGGAAGAGAAGGAAGAGGGGGAAGAGGGGGAAGAGGGGGAGGAGGGGGAAGAAGGGGAGGAUGAGGAAGAGGAAGGGUCAGAUGGUGCGUUGGAGCGAGCGGCGCUACACAGGCAGUGGGAGGAGGAGGAGGAUGAGCGCGUGCAGGGGGCGGUGAUGGGCGGAGUGCAGGGGGGCUGGGCGCAUGUGCGCAUGGGCAGGCGGAACCAGGGUGGGGGGGAGCGGGGGAGCAGGGGGGUGGGUCUGAUGGGGGAUGGGGAGGAGGAGGAAGAGGAAGAGGAGGAGGCGGAGGAGGAAACGGGGGAGGAUGGAGGGUUGAGGAAAGGCGGAGUGAGGAAGAGGAAGAGUGGAGAGAGUGGGAAGGGAGAGGGAGGGAAAGCGAAGGGGGCAGGUGGUGGGGAGUGGGGGUUACUGGCAAAGAAAGUGAGAAUGCUGAAAGAGAGGGCGGGGGGAGGAGGGGAAAAUAUUGUUGGAGAGGGGAAUGGAAUGGAGCAGGAUGGCAAUUCGUGUGGCGCAACUGAGAGUGCGGAGAGGAAGAGCAGAGGAGAGGGAGAAGAGGCGGACGAUUACUUUCCAAGUGAUGAUGCUGAGAAUGGCAGCAUCAGCGACAGUGAUGAUAGCAACGGCGCAGGCAGUGGUGAUGGUGAUGGUGAGGGAGAUAAAAGUGAUGAGGAGGAGGAUGGUGAUGAGGGCAAGAGAGCAUCGCAAGACCUGGCAGAGCAGAUGCGAGCCAAGAGACGCGUGGAGGAGAUGGUGAGUGGGGAAGAUGGGAAAGGCGGUGAAUGGGGCAGUGAUGAGUUGGGGGGAGGUUGGGUGAGGGGCGACAGAGGUAGACGAGCAGUGGGAAGGAGCUCCACAUUAAGGCAGGUGGUGCACGAGCCACGGGGCAGGGGAGGCAGCACUUUCAUUGCAAGGAGGUUCAAUGCGCUUUUAGGGCAGUGGCAGCACUCUCAUCCCCCUCACUCCAUUCUCUCUUCCUCCCUCUCCUCAACUCCCCUUCCCCUCCUUAAAUGGCAGCACCACAGUGGGCAUCACAGGGAGGUGCGGGACACAGUACUGGGGCAGUGGAGGCAGCACUCCCACCGCAACAUCACAGUCGCACCUUCCUUAGGCCUGCGAGCCUCCUCCCUUCUCGGGCAGCUUUCAAAGCUGCCCAAGGACUUCAAUUUCACCACGGGCAGCUCUGGAAGGACCGGGCAAGCUGGCUCUUCUCGAGCAUACAUCUUCAAAGCCAAGGAAGCAGCAGACGGGGAAGACUCUUGA